CGCGUGCUCAGAGAACGCCACCUGUGGGAUGAGGACUUUGUGCAGUGGAAGGUUGUGGAAACUCUGGACAGGCAAACAGAAAUAUAUCAGUAUGUGUUGAACAGCAUGGCCCCCCAUCCUUCCAGAGACUUCGUGGUCCUCAGGACCUGGAGGACUGAUUUGCCCAAAGGAAUGUGCACCCUGGUGUCCCUCUCGGUGGAGCAUGAGGAAGCCCAGCUCAUGGGUGGUGUGAGAGCGGUGGUGAUGGAUUCCCAGUACUUGAUAGAACCAUGUGGCUCUGGCAAAUCGAGACUGACACACAUCUGUAGGGUAGACCUGAAAGGCCACUCCCCGGAAUGGUACAGCAAAGGCUUUGGUCAUCUGUGUGCCGCAGAAGUUGCCAGGAUUAGAAACUCUUUUCAGCCCCUCAUUGCUGAGGGUCCAGAAACUAAAAUCUGAGUUUUCCCCAGUAUGAUAUCAAACUCAGGGAAGAGGAAGUGAAAGCAAUUGCCUGUGGCGAGGAGUCUGCGCCAUGAGAAAACAUGAGAGAGAGGUUGACUGGUGUGGCAAAUGCUUAAAAUGGAAACACUGAGAAGUCGAAUGUUGAAGAGGCAAGAAUGUCUGAGAACUUUCCUAGCCUUCCUGGAGACGGCUAUAUCCCUACUAAUAUAUUUUUAAGAAUCAGAACAUUUAUCUAUGUUACUUAAAAUUAAAUGGAUUAUUUCUUAUGCAUUGCCUAAUUUGCUAUUUAAAGGCUUCUAAGAAGCAUAUUCUUAACUGUAAAUAAAUGUGUGUAUAGCAUAUGUACAUAUGUGUGUAUAUCUCUCUUUACUGUACAUAUGUAAAAUGAUCAAUUUUAUAUAUAACUGAGCGUUCUAAAAAGGAAUGCAUCUGACUCGGUGAGUCCCUUCCUCACGUAGCUCUUUCCAAAUUGUUCUGGUGCCAUGUCCCCUCUGUCCUGUAAGCUAAGCAGAGCCUGCUGCUAAACAGCAAGGUGUAAAGACAUUACAGUUCCUCAGUCUGCUCUGAUGUCUAACCAAAGAUCAGCUAACCAAAGGAAAGUAGUACUAAAAGAUUUGAUUGUAUUAUUCAAAAGCAGGGAGUGGAAUGUUGGAAUAAAGCAAGGGAAAGAAUAGCUACCUUCGUUAACUUAAAGCAGGGAUGAGACAUCAUUGCCAAAUUGAAGGCUAGAUUUCAGAUUGUCACUGUGCCUAGCCAGGUGCAAUUUCAGUGAGAUGUGAUGCCAUGGGCCACUGGAGUCUGCCAGUUGCUGAAACAGCGCUGAUACUCCUUCAGCUCUGGAAGAGCUGAAUAAAUAGCCUUUAUCUAUUCAUAGCCAAAGGGAACUUCUAUAUUUUUCUUAAAACACUUCAUAGUGUUGUUACAUGUCAUUCUGUUUGACCAGUGGCCUAUUUGGUCACAGUUGAUUAGCAUUUCCUUACCAAUGUAUUGCACUGAGUUUAACUCUGGACACCAGACAGAGGGAGAUAGUGGUCAUUCAAGAGCGAUGGACCCUUACAGCUUCAGGGAAUUAAUAUUUCACUAUGUAAGAUGCUCUUAAAAUAAAAUUCAUUAAAGUUAUGCAAUCUGAAAGACAGGGUUUUUAACUAACAUAAGACCAAAACUAGUUCUUUGAUUAGUUUUAGAAAAUAUAAACAGGUUUAUUAAUUCUAUUUUUCAUUAGCCUGAUUAAGCUACCUAUACAUUUGACCCAACCUUAUUUAUUAUUGUAUAGACUAAGCAAAUUGACUCUCUUUAACCAAUUGCUAUUGGAUUUAAGUUCCAUUUUAUUACAAUUCAACAAGGCUGCUUACUGCCUUUCAGGGAGAGAGAUUUCCUUUGGUUGUCCAUAACAGAAAUUGAUCCCAUGAUUUAGCAACUGGUGUUGGAGGGAAAAAAAGGAAAAACAAAUGAAUGUUUUUGUUUUGUUUUUGUUUUUUUUUUUGUAUUAUAUGCAUUUAUGUAAUUUUUUCUUAUCAGCAAUGUGCAAUUAUUUUAUUAAAAGGAAUAAAAAUGCUAUAUAUGAAUUUGGUAUGGUGCGAGGAAAAUCAUACUCUUUGAAUGGUGACCUAGAAAUUUUUCACUCUCGUGUCUACUUAAGAAGAUGGCAACAAACAUAUGAUUUACCAUUUGGCAAUGCUUUGUGAGCAAAACAAAUUCACUUCUACCAUUACAUCUUAAAUUUAAGCAUAUAUGCUAGAUUACUUUAUAUGCAUCGACAAGAUUAUUAGUGAAGUUUAAUCUUGCUUAACACUGGUCUUGCUGCAGAGAAAAGAGACUAUGUAUGUGGAAAAUACAAGAGGCAUGCAAGAAUAAAUAGCAUUCUGUCACCCAGGGCAGCGUUUCUCUGACUUGAGCAUGCACACAGAUUGCCGGGGGAUCUUGUUAAAAGGCAGAGUUUGAUUCAGGUCCUUUGGGUGGGACUGAGAUUCUGCAUUUCUAAUGAGCCUCAGGGAUGGCCAGGUUAUUGGCUCGAACACUCUGAGAAACAAGAACCCAGGUAAUAUUUAAUACAGAAUAAAGAGACAUAUAAUUGUAUUUCUGACUCCCCCAUUCUUCUGAUUACCUUUUUAAUUUUUAUGCACACACUAAUCACAUCACUGCUGCAUCAUAACACAGUGCAUCUUUUGAAAAAAGAGUAAAAGUGGGGUUAAGGGAGGAAUAAGAUGCAUCAAGCUUGUUUGUCAAAUACCACAGUAUUUUAUUCAUUGUAUCUUGCCAAUGGAAAUAAAAUAUGAUAUUGCAUUUAAAGAUUAUAUUUAUACCUCAUGUAUAUUUUUACCUCAAUUGUUGGUAUCAAUCAUCAAUUGUAAAUAAUUGCCAAGGCAAAUAAAUUUAUAUACAUUAA